GUAUAAAAUAACCCUCGUUCUGGCGAUUCCCCAUCAGUACAGUUUACGUACGCUUUGUAAACGUUUCUCUGUUAGUUAAACUCAAACCUACUAUCUCAUAAUGUCUGGCCGCGGCAAAGGAGGCAAAGUUAAGGGAAAGGCAAAGUCCCGUUCCAACCGGGCAGGAUUGCAGUUCCCGGUCGGUCGUAUCCACCGUCUGCUCAGGAAGGGCAACUACGCCGAGCGAGUUGGUGCUGGCGCUCCAGUCUACUUGGCUGCCGUCAUGGAAUAUCUGGCUGCUGAAGUUCUGGAAUUGGCGGGAAACGCUGCUCGUGAUAACAAGAAGACCAGAAUCAUUCCCCGUCAUCUGCAGUUGGCCAUCCGUAACGAUGAGGAAUUGAACAAACUGCUGUCUGGCGUUACCAUUGCACAGGGUGGUGUGUUGCCAAACAUUCAGGCUGUUCUGUUGCCCAAGAAAACCGAAAAGAAGGCCUAAAUUACUUCCCGCUCGACUGAAGACCGUGCGCAUCAAACCAAAACCGUCCUUUUCAGGACGACAAUAUUCGUUCUACCGCUAGAGAGUUGUUCGAAAUUAUGUAUUUGGUGUAAAGUAAACUAUUGUAUAAGUACGUCUAGGUGUCAAUUGCAAAUAAUAUCCAACUACUAUCGGCACACAGCACGUCAGCCACUCGCCGUCGUUGGUGGUGCUACCAAUCGCAUUCGUUUAGCACCAACCACUGCUGCUUGCAUCUGGAUUGUGUGCUGUUUUGCUGGUG